GUCGCCGCGCAGCUCCUGAUUCCCCAAGGCAGAGGAAAUACCCUGGUGGAGCCCUUCUUCCAUAGAACCAGAAAUGGCAUCUGUGGACUUCAAGACCUACGUGGAUCAGGCCUGCAGAGCUGCUGAGGAGUUUGUCAACGUCUACUACACCACCAUGGAUAAGCGGCGGCGUUUGCUCUCCCGCCUGUACAUGGGCACAGCCACCCUGGUCUGGAAUGGCAAUGCUGUUUCAGGACAAGAAUCCUUGAGUGAGUUUUUUGAAAUGCUGCCUUCCAGCGAGUUCCAAAUCAGUGUGGUAGACUGCCAGCCUGUACAUGAUGAAGCCACACCGAGCCAGACCACAGUCCUUGUUGUGAUCUGUGGAUCAGUGAAGUUUGAGGGGAACAAACAACGGGACUUCAACCAGAACUUCAUCCUGACCGCCCAGGCCUCACCCAGCAACACAGUGUGGAAGAUCGCAAGUGACUGCUUCCGCUUUCAGGAUUGGGCCAGCUAGUGGGGGUGGCAGAGGUCUCUGCUUCAUUCAGCCCUAGCUCUGUAGAGAAAUGCAAACCUCAACUCUCAAGGAUAUGAGGAACACAAGUUCAUUUCUGUUGUUGCGGAGACACUGCAGACUCCACUGUGCUGAGGUUGAACUCUUUUUUUGUUGCUCAAGUUCUAGGAGUCCCUUUCCUGAAUAUAUACUUGUUUGUGAUAGUUUCCUUUUCAAAGUAGUAAACUUUUCUAUUUUUCUACUUGCCCAGUAGAGACUCUGAUUCUGGAAAUUCUGACAAAUAAUUUAAUAAUACACAUGUUGCUUCUU